AAACAAGUCUCGAGCAUUCGACGACUGCGACCCUUGGCACUGGCUAGCCUCUUACGGUGUCCGCCAUCAUUGAUUCAUAGUGACUCAUGAUACGGUGGCACACAAGUCCUGACACAUACUGAUUCCCUCACCAGAUCUCUAUCCACCAGCACCCAUUUAAACAAGAUAUUGCGAGCUCUACAAAAUGGACGGGCCGGCACGAAGCAUCCACCAAAUAGAACUGGCUGUUCCUGUGCAUCAGGCCAGCCAUCUACCAAAAAGCCGACGCCCGUGCCCUGUUUCCGCGCCCUGAAAGGGUCAUUUGCAAGACCUCAAGCCCCCCAUGUCAUCCUUCGAACCCUCCAUCUGCUCUUCCGAGAGACUGUUUCCUAACCCGGAAACCAGCUCGGAACGGAUCGCAGCCCUAUCCUUACUGGAUGCCAUCACCGUCAAUUUCUUGGAUACCUGCGCGGUUUGGCUCUUCGAGCGUCCCCAUCUGCAAACCCAGUUCGAUCUGGUGGACCACCUCCGUCAGUCCCUCAGGGUCACGCUGGACGCCUAUCCACAGUGGUGUGGCUUAGUCAAGAUCAUCAACACCGUGGACGGUCCUCCUGCCACUGGUGAGGAUCACCUGGCACCUCAUGCUCGCCGCUUUGGACGCGUGUAUGCCCAUCAUGGCACGCGCUCCGAUCCAGGCGUUGCAUUUGUCGCCGCACGUUCAACUGCGACCCUCGAUGAGCUCCAUCCUUCUUCGCGCCCGACCUCUCAAGCCCUCUGGAACCAGGAGAAGGUGUCUCUGUCACAGUUUGUCCCAAAGACCCAAUUAGUGAACCCGGCCAAAGUCAGCGAUGCCGACAUCAUCCCUCCAAUCAUGGCCAUCCAGGUCACAGAAUUGGCCUGCGGGGGAUUCGCCUUGGCGGUCAAGAUAGCUCAUACUCUCGCAGAUGCGAGCGCUUUGGUCUAUUUCGUCAAGGACUGGGCGAGCGUGAGCCGUUCUGUGUUACUGGGCGAGGCUACGCCGGUACUGAGUCCUGUGUUCGACCCCGAGCGAUUGGAUAACGCUGCAGCAGGGGAUAUCAACGCGGUCACGCCCGACGAGUCAAUCAUCCAACAGACGAAGAGCUUGCCGUUUCAUCGCUAUGACUGGUGGAAUGUGCCAGCUGACUCGCCUCUGAAGAUGCGCAUCCCUGAAGUGUUCCGGAACCAGGAGCUCCCCCCUGCGGGGAAACAAAUACCGUGGCCGGAAUGGGACACGAAAGCGCCGGUGUCCCAUUACAUCGUACACCUGAGUCGGGACCAGGUCGAGGCCAUCUGGAAACAAACUAGCAACGCGUCCUCCGCGGACACCAACGACAGCCGACUGAGUCGGCACGAUGCCGUCCUGGCCCAUAUAUGGGCGAGCAUCAACCGAGCCCGGAACAUGCACAACGACCCCGGGCCGGUCCACUGCGACCUGACGUACGGGUGCCGACCGGCGUUUCAGCUAGGCGAUGCCUUUAUGGGGUCGCUUGCCGUGAUGGUCAAUGUGGAGAUGGCUGGGGCGGACGUGACGACGACGGCAAAUUCGGACGGCAAGCAAAGCGCCGUCCUUCCGCCCAUCGCGCAGCGCAUCCGCCAAACUCUCUCUCAAGUGCGCGAUCCGGCCCUCUUGGCAGCCCAUCUCCACAGUCUGGCCUACGAAAAGUCCCCGCAGCGUAUCUGGCAGGGCUUUCUCGGAAGUCGUCACGUCAUGACCACGACGUGGGCACGCGCAGGGCUGUACGAGGUGGAUUUCGGGCUGGGUCCGCAACCCACGGCUCGCUACGCGGACGGCAUUCUGGCCAAUCUGGACGGGCUCGUCUUGAUUAAAGAGGCGCCACCCGAUCGGACGUCGGAUGUCAACGACGAAGCUCUGCCGACCUGGACGGAUCACGGGGUCGAUGUUCAGCUUCACUUGCAAACAGAGGAUAUGGAACGGUUGCUCCUGGAUCCUUUGCUAUUCCCGAACCAGCAAUGAAGAACAUAACCAUAGAACUGCAUAAUAACGAUACCCCCGACUACUGUGUACUAAGAUUUCCUCAGUCCAAGAAGUACAUCCAUGUUCAACAACCUAUAACCAUUUACAUAUACCCCACCCAACCCCUAUCCCAAACCCUCUACCCCUAAUUACACCUAUAAUUUAUAGUUUAUAACCAUAAUC